UUAACACAUUUCUGACACUUGGAGGAAAUCCAACAAAAAUUUUGGCAUAAGUUUUGAAAAAAUGUCCGUGUUAUUUCAGACUGUAAUCAAUACAGGAAGACUGUAUUCACUCAGGAAAACAUUGAAUGCUUCUUCAUACUGCAAAUGUGUGACUGUAAGAAGAUUUUCAGAUGUUCCGAGCAAGUUCAAAACGUUUGACGAAGUGGUAACACAGAGGAGACAGGAGGCCCGACGGAGUAUCGUAGUGCAAGUUAACUCAGACUCUUCAUUUAAGGAAUUAUACAGUUACUGUUCCAAGUAUGCCUCUGUCAGUGGAGUGCACCAUUACAAAAAUAAUGCAGAAGAGCAUUUUAUGCUCAUUGAGUUUGGUUCCGAAGAGAAUCUUAAAGAUGUGUUACGAAGCUGCAGUUCCCACCACAAGGACCUUGACGUCAUGGCCUUACAGUCACCCUUCCUAUGGUUCCGUGCAGUCUCCGGCAAAAAAGAAAUUCUUACCGUACCUGAUGAUAAAUCAUUACUUAUUACAAAUGGGACACUCCCUGUGGAUGAAGAUCAGCUGUUUGCGGAGCUUCUUGCUUGUGAAACUGUUUCAGAUCAGAUUCAGACUCUGUAUGAUAAGACCAUGUUAAAUGAUUUGGGGAUUCGGUUGAGGUACAUGGUGGCUAGACAGUUGGAAAUAAUGUUUGACAGUCUGUACGCCAAUAUAGCAGUCCGACCAUUUGGUUCGUCAGUCAACGGCUUUGGCAGGAUAGGCUGCGACCUGGAUCUGGUGCUAACAAAUGUAUUAACAGAGGAAUUGAGUGACCCAGAAAAACGCUUGGUCUACCAAGAAAAGAAGUGCGAAGGUGGCCGGUCUCCAUGGCAACGGCACAUGGAGCUGGUAGGAGAACUAUUGGAGCUCCGAGUACCAGGAGUGACCAGGGUACAGAGGAUUCUUCAUGCUAGAGUGCCGAUUGUGAAGUAUGCACAUGACUUGGCCGGGUUGGACGUCGACUUGUGCUAUAGUAACAUGUCUGGCAUAUAUAUGUCAGAGCUCCUCUGGCUGUUCGGUUCCCUGGACCCCCGCGUCAGGCCGCUCACGUUCGCGGUCCGCCGCUGGGCGCAGACUGUGGGGCUCACCAACCCACACCCCGGCAGGUGGAUCACCAACUUCCCAUUGACCCUGAUGGUGCUGUUCUUCCUCCAGCAGAAGACUAAGGAUGGAUUUGUACUGCCGUCUUUUAAAUACUUGAUUCGGAAAGCUGAAAAAGAUGAUAUAAAAUUAGCAGAAGACAACGUCAACUGCACAUUCCUGCGCGACCUGAACAAACUGCCGACAGAGAGCUACGCACAGAGCUCAUCCAACCUGCAAUCCCUACUGCUGCAGUUCUUCGAGUUCUACUCCCAAUUCGACUUCAACGACAAAGCCAUUUCCAUCAACGAAGGUACUCCGGUGAGGAAACCCAAUGCUCUACCUUUGUAUAUAGUUAAUCCUUUAGAACAAGCUCUGAACGUAAGCAGAAAUGUUAGUUACGAGGAAUGCGAGCGGCUACGGACGGAGGUCAGAAACGCAGCGUGGCAACUGGAAUCCAGCUCAGAAGGGAGCAAAGGCGAUGACUGGGGCCUCUUAGGGCUAUUAGAAAGACGCACAACGAGAGGCCUAAAAAAGCUACUUCGAGUUGGAAACUCGCAUAGACUAGUAUCAGUGAAAGAUCUCUUCAAUGAAAAAGAAGAUGAUAAGCAAGAUAGUUUAAGGAGUAAGUUACAAAGACUGACAAAGACAGAUAAAGAAGUGGACCAGAGUGUGAAGGAGAUGAAAGUAGCGAUGAUAAAAGAAGAAAGAAAGGAACAGAAAUUGAAGUUCAAGAACAGUCAAGUAGCAAAUGAAGUGUAUAGAAUACGAAGGGACAAAAUUGUAUGAGAGUGGCAACUAUUUGUAUAGUUAGUGAGGUCAUUUUGUAAAGUUAUUGUGAAACAAUCGCAUGUUAUAUACAUUUUAUAUUCAUGGACAUAAAAGUGAUUACAUUGACACCAAAUAUGAUCAUUGUUGGCUAGAAAAAGAAAUUAGGUUUCCUAUCAUUAUUUGUUUUUCUCCUCAACUGGCAACAUUAUUUGAAGCUUUGCCAUUGGCUGAUUACGACUGGUGUUGCCAGAACUUUACUUGUAAAUAAGCAAAUUGUCACCAUAUUUUCCUAUCUAUUUACCCAAAGUUGAAAGGUAUAUUGAUUUAUAUUUUUACAUGUUUACCGCAAUCUCAUUGAUAGUCUUAACCUGGCGCUCAAUCUGUGACAUAUGCAAAUGAUAUGCAAAUAUUGUGAAAAAGUUGCGUGUAAGUAAAAUUUUAGCUAAGACUUCAGCAAUGGUUGAAAUAGAUUCGAAUUUCGAAAUAAUUGUUAUGUUUCUUUAGCUGUCAGGCACACAUUCCGUCAACUCCCGUACUGUUCCAUUCUUUCAACUUGUUUCCAAAUUUGAAAGCUUUUUAUGCUUUAAAAUCCACUGACUAAUUAUAAUUACUACAAUUCGAUCUAAUCUGUAUUAAUUUGUAAAUGGAAAUUGAUCCAAAGGUAUGUAUAUGUUUCUAAUUAUAUUGUUUUGAUUGUUUGUAUGAGCUAGAUUCAGUUACUCAUGUUACGUUGUAAAUAAAACGUUACAUUUACAUUA